CUCCCGCAGACACAACUUGUUGCUUCGAAACAACAAUUUACAGUAAAUGUAGUGUUUCCUGUUUGCAGUUUGCUUUCUUUUUGGACCAGAAAACGAUGAAUAAGGUGGUUUUGGUGACGGGAGCAAAUAGUGGCAUUGGCCUGGCUCUAUGUGAGCGUCUCCUCUCUCAGGACUCUGAGGGUCUGCAGCUCUGUCUGGCCUGCAGGAACCUGCAGCGGGCUCAGGCUGCUCGCUCCGCCCUGCUGACCUCUCACCCCACAGCGCAGGUCGCCCUGCUGCACCUGGACACCAGCAGCAUGGCCUCCGUCCUCACCGCCGCUCAGGAGGUCAAACGUAGGUAUAACCGGUUGGAUUACCUCUACCUGAACGCCGGCAUCAUGCCAAACCCACAGUUUGAUGUAAAAGCCUUUUUUAAAGGCCUCUUCUCCAGUCGUAUCGUCUCCAUGUUUGCCACCGGUGAGGGGAUUCUGACGCAGCAGGACGGAGUCACCUCUGACGGACUGCAGCAAGUCUUUGCAACCAACCUCUUUGGUCACUUCUUACUAAUCAGGGAGCUGGAACCGGUCCUGGUCCAGGCGGGUCAGACGUCCCGUCUCAUCUGGACGUCCUCCAGCAACGCUCGCCGCUCAGCGUUCAGCCUGGAAGACGUUCAGCACCAGAGAGGCUCCGAACCCUACAGCUCCUCCAAACACGCCUCAGACCUGCUCAGCCUGGCGCUCAACACACACCACAACAGCCAGGGUUUGUACUCGUCCGUCAUCUGUCCUGGUUUCGUGAUGACUAAUCUGACCUUCGGGAUCCUGCCCUCCUUCCCAGCGUUCCUCUGGACGCUGCUCAUGCCCGUCUUCUGGCUCAUAAGAAUGUUCACCAAUACAUUCACCCUGACCCCUUAUAAUGGAGCUGAAGCCCUGUUCUGGUUAUUUAAGCAGAAGCCUGAAUCACUGGACCCUCGAGCCAAGUACCACAGCUUAACGUCUGGGCUCGGCAACAACUACACUCAGCCACGAAAGAUGGAUAUUGAUCUGGGGACGUCAGAAGCUUUGUAUGAGAAAUUACUUCAACUAGAAAGUGAAGUAAGACAGAAACUGAAGCAAAAAAGAAUCCCGGAGAGUUCUUAGUGUUCCUGCAGGACCGGGAUCAUCUUGAUGCAUAUCACACAACUCUGGGACGGAGAUUAUUUUAUUCCUGUCUGGGAGCAGCAGCAAACACUGUCUGUCAGAGCUCACAGAGAUAUAAAUGUCCUCUGUCCUACCAUACCCAUUUUACCUCUCGUAUGUUAUAUUUGCAGCCUGAGUUCACAUUUGCAACAUUUAAAAUCCUUAAUUGAGCAAAAAACUGUAAGUUAAAGGUGAUAUAUAGGUCAUAUAGGUGAGGUUGUGCUGAAAAAAAUAAUAAUUAAAAAUUAUAUUUUAAAUGGUAUAUACAGGCAGAAUGAAAAGCAUUUAAAAACAGGCAAAAUAUCUCAACACUUCAGAAAUGUUCUUUGUUCUGCAAGGUGAAAUAACUGUUUUUGUCAGUGCAGUGUGAAGAGAGCAGCUUCAGUUACACACUAAAAAAAAGAAAAGUUGGGUGAACUCAAAAUUUCAAGGCAACAAACUUUGAUAACAUUUUAAGUUGGACAAUUAAACUAAAUAUUUUAAGUUUUGUUUUUGUGUUUGCUCAACUCUGAAUUCAGAUUUUUGUCAACGCAACUGUAAGUUGUACUAACUUAUAAUUUUACACUUCUGCAAUGUGCUGAAUUGGCACGAUUGUAAUGCUAUUAAAUGUCAGCUAAUGUUUCGACCACAAUUUUGAGUUAGCAUUGAUACGCUAAUGGCUACUCUUGUAGCUGUAACAAGCAGCGCCGCUAGCAUCAGUUAGCCGCUAGCAUCAGUUAGCCACUAGCAUCAGUUAGCCGCUAGCAUCAGUUAGCUGCCAGCU